AUGAAAAACUACAUGGGACCUAAAAUGUCUCGACGACGUUUUACGCAUUCUUAUACAAGUUCAAACAAUUCUCUUUGUCGAGUUGACAGAAUACAACCAAAACUAAUUAAAGAAGCGCGAUUGCCAUCUUUUGUGGAUCUUAGUCCAUGGAUGGGUCCUGUUAAGAAUCAAAGAGAUAUGAACACUUGUGUCGCUAUUGCUUUUACAGCUGCUUGUGAAUAUAUGAUCAACAGACAUACUGGUAAAUAUAUUGAUCUAUCAUGUUUAUUCAUUAAUUAUAACGGUCGGUUAGUUAGCUCAAUUGCAUUGGCCUCUCUUGAUAUAGGUUCCUCUGUAAAAGAUACCGCUAUAGGACUAACACAAUUUGGUAUAUGUGAAGAAGCAAUAUGGAGAUGUAAAAGACACAAUCUUAAUAGGAGACCUUCAGGUGAAGCAUACGCCAGAGCAAGUCAAUUUGCUGUGACCGUACGCAGAGUUCCGCCAAUAUUGGCAGAUAUGAAAAUUUGUUUAGCUAAAGGAAUACCUUUUGUUGUUAGUAUUAUAUUGUUAGAAUCAGCAAUGUACGAAGGACAAGAAAGAAAUGGUUAUAUAUCUAUGCCAGAUUCAAACGACACAGGAGUGAGGAACGCAGAAUUAGGACAUGCUGUACUUGUUGUUGGAUACAAUGAUGAAACACAACAUUUUUUGAUACGAAAUUCUUGGGGACCACACUGGGCAUUCGAUGGUUACUGUUUUAUUCCCUAUGAAUAUUUGUUAAAUCCUGAUCUGUUUCUUGUAGCGCAAGGAUUUUGGGCAGUUGAAAAAAUUUCACCACGUCAUAGAUAUCCUCGACCAAUAGGCAAAAAUAUUUUGAAUGACUUCAAAGGACCAUUGAACAAUUAUCGAUAUGGACCCUCUAUUGACCAAGCAACACAUCGGCUGAGACCUAGUUUUACAAGGGGAAGUCCUCAUCGUACUUUUAUAUUUUAA